AUGUCUUCGGAUGAUACUAUGAGUGUCAACUCUGAGAAGAUGGAGCAAUACCAUCCUCAGGAGUUACCAAACACUGCCUCGCAUGCUACCAGAACGAAGUCGAGAAUGCUGAUGUACUCCGGUAAGGAGGAUGAUGCUGAGCUCAUCUCAAAUAAUCCUGGGGUGCAAAAAGUGGUGUCUAAGCUUCAAGAGGGCGCCGGUCAAUUGGGCCCUUUGGAAAACCCCUACGACAUGAAAAAGGUGGAAACCAUCCCCGACCCCAACUCCGAUUUUAAUGAAGGUGAUAAAUACAAGUACCCCAUUGAUGAAGAAACCGGGUUAAGAAUUGUUGAUUUCGUCCCUGACGACAAGAGAAAUCCCAAGAACUGGAGUAAAGCGAGAAAGUGGGCUUACACUAUUAUGCUUGGUUACAUUUGUUUCGUGGUGGCGCUUGGUUCGGGUAUCGUUACCGGUGAUCUUGAGCGUCCCGCUGCUGAUUUUGGCGUGUCGAUGGAAGUGUCAAUUUUGGCUGCCGUGACUAUGUUCGUCAUUGGUUUCGGUGUAGGCCCGUUAGUGUUCGCUCCUAUUUCUGAAGAAAUCGGUCGUCGUCCAGUUUACCUUGGGACAUUGUUCGUUGCCGUAAUCUUCAUUAUUCCCUGUGGUGCCGCCAAGAACAUUGGAACUUUGAUUAUCUGUCGUUUGAUCGACGGGAUUGCUUUCUCUGCUCCUAUGUGUCUCAUUGGGGGUUCGCUUGCCGACUUGUGGGAUGCUGAAGAAAGAGGUGUUGCUAUGGCUGUGUUCUCCGCUGCUCCCUUCUUGGGUCCCGUGAUGGGUCCCAUCUUUGGUGGUUUGCUUUGUGACAAUGCUCCCACCUGGAGAUGGGUGUACUGGGCGUUCUUGAUCAUUGCUGGUGUUGCUUACGCCUUCUUCGCCGUGUUGAUGCCCGAAACCCACGCAGGCACUAUCCUUAAGUACCGUUCGAAGCGUCUUAGAAAGAAGACUGGUGAUAACAGAUAUCGUACUUACGCUGAAUUGCAACCGCGUUCGUUCGGUGAAACCGCCAAGGUGUCGUUGUUGCGUCCGUUUGCUUUGCUUUCAGAACUUAUCGUGUUCUUGAUCACCGUGUACAUGUCGGUAGUGUACGGUUUGCUUUACAUGUUCUUCUUUGCCUACCCUGUCAUCUAUCAAGAAGGUAAAGGGUGGAAUGCGUCGAUGACAGGGGUGAUGUUUAUCCCUAUCGGUGUGGGUGUUAUUUUGUCAUCGGUGGUGGCUCCAUUCUUCAACAACCAAUACAACAAAAAGGCUCAAGUGUACCGCGACCGUGGUGAAUUGCCUCCCCCCGAACUUCGGUUGAUUCCCAUGAUGAUGGCUUGCUGGGCGGUCCCCAUUGGGUUGUUCCCCUUCGCCUGGUCGUCGUACCCUCGUCUCUCAUGGGCUGGUCCUUGUUUCUCGGGGUUGGCAUGUGGCUUCGGCUUCACUUCGUUGUACAACCCUGCCAACAACUACAUUGUCGAUUCGUACCAACACUACGCUGCUUCAGCGUUGGCGGCCAAAACGUUCAUGAGAUCGAUCUGGGGUGCUUGUGUGCCUUUGUUCACCAUUCAAAUGUACCACAAAUUGACUCCCGAGUGGGCCUCGACUUUGAUGGCAUUCAUCUCGCUCGCAUGCUGCGCCAUCCCCUACUUGUUCUACAUCUAUGGGGCCAGAAUCAGAAAGUUCUCCAAGUACGCUUACUCUCCUGAAACUGAAUCCCGGCCUGUGGCCGUGGAAAACGAAAAAUCCGAAAAGACCGGAGUCUGA